GAACUAGCGCUAUCAGUUCGAGAGAGAUACCCGUCCGUCUGCCUACUCCACCGGAGAAAGAGGAAGAUACCUUUGCCGAAUCAUCGAGGAGCAAGCGUCACCCAUCUUCAACCAUUGGUGAUAGCCUAAGUUUGACACCCAGCAUGCUCGAAGAAGAUAGUCGCGACGGCUCCAUAAAAAUGGAGUUUGACUUUGAUGCCAUCAAUGAGGAGGACAGUCCGUUCCCAGAAGUUCGUGCAUCCGUAUCAAAUAUCGAUGAUCCUGACAUGCCUGCUAUGACCAUACGCAUGUGGAUUGUUGGGCUUCUUCUUUCUAUGGUCGGCGGUGCCUUGAACGUUUUCUUCAAUUUCCGGCAACCUGCCCCUUCCGUAUCUCCCAUGGCCCUUCUCCUCCUAUCAUACCCUGUCGGCAAGUUUUUGGCUUUUGUUUUGCCGAUCACUACCUAUCGUCUUCCACGAUUCCUCGGUUCUGUCGAGUUUUCUCUCAAUCCAGGGCCUUGGAAUAUCAAGGAACACGUACUUGUCUUUAUCAUGGCGAACGUCGCGAUAGGUCCUGCAUAUGCGCUAAAUGCUAUCGUCGUUGCUCAAAUAAACUAUGGCAUUUAUUACAAUUACUGGUUCAGUGUUCUCCUGGUCCUUGCUACGCAACUUACCGGAUUUGGCCUGGCGGGGAUGUGUAGACGAUUCUUGGUGUGGCCAGCUAGUAUGGUUUGGCCCCAAAAUCUGGUCGCCUGUACCUUGCUGAACACCUUGCACGCUGAAGAGGAUGAAGAUUCUGGUGGCAUAACGAGGUAUCGUUUCUUCUUGAUUGUCCUUGGUGGAGCAUUCUUUUUCUUCUUCAUUCCUGGCUACCUCUUCCAAGCAUUAUCAGUAUUCUCCUUCAUCUGCUGGAUUGUCCCAGAGAACGUUCCUGUUAACCAGCUAUUUGGAGUUGAAACUGGGCUGGGUAUGAGCGUAUUGACUUUCGACUGGACCCAAAUUUCGUGGAUUGGCAGCCCUUUGAUGUUUCCGUGGUGGGCUGAAGCUCACAUUUUUGUGGGUUUUGUGAUGUUCUUCUGGAUAUUGACACCCAUAUUGUACUACACCAAUACAUGGCAACUGGCGUAUUUCCCCAUUUCUGAUGACAGCCCAUAUGAUCGCUUCGGGAAGCUCUAUGAUGUCUCACGUGUGCUCACUCCUCAGGGUCUUUUCAACCAGACGGCAUACGACGAGUACUCCCCUCUUUACCUACCUGCUACCUACGCUGUCACAUACCUUCUAGCUUUCGCGUUGUCCACCUGUGUCAUUGUGCAUACUAUAUUGUAUCACGGCCGCAGUCUUCUCAACGGCGUCAAGAGGAUUAGAGUUGAACCAGAUGAUAUUCAUGCUAAGCUCAUGAGGAAUUAUCCAGAAGUCCCAGAUUGGUGGUAUUUACUGUCAUUCAUAAUUUUCUUCCUGGUGAUGGUGUUAGCUGUGGAGGUGUGGCAUACAUCGGUGCCGGUUUGGGCACUUGUGCUCUCUAUCUUAUUACCAGUUCUAUAUGUCUUGCCUUCCGGGUUUAUAUAUGCGAUGACGGGACAAGGGAUCACGUUGAACAUAUUAGCCCAAAUCAUCCCUGGCACACUUUUAGCAGGCAACCCGAUAGCAAAUAUGCUCUUCAAGGCGUACUCUGUGCAAACGUUGACUGAAGCUACGUCCUUCGUUCAAGACUUGAAGCUAGGUCACUAUGUCAAAGUUCCCCCACGAGCUACCUUCUGGGUGCAGUCCAUUGGGACUCUUAUGGCAUCAUUUGUUCAAGUUGGCGUAAAGCAAUGGAUUUUCCAUAACGUAAAAGAUAUUUGUGCACCCGACCAAGCUGGCUCCAUGACGUGCCCUCACAACCAAGUUUACUUCACUGCAUCGGCCAUUUGGGGACUUAUCGGACCAACUCGACAAUUCGGUGCUGGAGCACUCUAUCAUGCUGAAUUAUACGCCAUCAUCGUUGGUGUGGUCCUACCGAUACCCUUUUGGCUUUGGCAGCGCCGGUAUCCAAAUUCAUGGAUUAAGUUCGUGAGCACUCCAGUGGUGCUGAAUGGCGUGUCGUAUAUCCCACCUGCCACGGGCAUCAACUAUUCAGCAUGGUUCGCUGUUGGCUUUGUAUUCCAGUAUCUGAUCAGGAAGAGGAACUUUGCGUGGUGGAGCAAGUUCAAUUAUGUGACAAGUGCUGCUUUGGACAGUGGCACGGUGUUGUCUCUUAUUGUGAUAUUUUUCACUCUCCAAUUUCCAAAAGGUGGCAUUGAUCUCAACUGGUGGGGAAAUUCGGUUUACCUGGAGACUGCGGAUUACAAACGCAUGGCGCUAAAGCCCAUCCCUUCGGGUGGUCUCCCUUUACAAUAAUGUACUUAACAAGCUGCACAAAUAUCAUAACAUUUCGGGGGUAUAAGGAAUCAUCGCAUUAUUAUUUUGAUAUGUGAAGGCGAUGUCUGGUCAUUUUUUUAUGCGCUCCUAUUCCAUCCUAGUUCCCCCUUCUUCGUGAUCUCACGACCCAAAUUUUAGAGUAGGAACCCGUAUACAUAUAUCUAUGCAAAUCUUCGUUUCUAACGUUUGCAUUAGUAGUUGGCCGUGAUGCGUACAUACCAAAAAUGCAAUGUAUUGAAGUAACUAUAGGACGAAUGAUGGAUGAUCGUGAAU